AUUCCAACUGUGCCAAGUGGCAGGCAACUUAAGGUCUCCCGGGGAAGAGAAUCUCAGCAGACCUUCCUCCUGUCAGUGCCGCCCAGGAAGGCCAGGCACAGGGCUCGGAGACAGCUCCAAGUCCUUGGGAAAAACUUGAAAUGAAAGGGACCUCACUUUUACCCCUGUGAGCUAACGUGAGUGCUUCCGUGGAUGUUCCAAAAUCAAAGGACACUUCACUUGUGACAGAGCGCGACUGUUUCGCCCCCAAAUAUUCUUUCUCCUCAGCCUCCCAGGCUACAGUGAUUCCCAGCUACACUGCCUUGAGGAAACUGUGACGUGUGUUCUUGGGCAGGGUCUGAGGUUUUGGAACCUUUUUCUGAAAGGGACGGAGAGAGCCCUCUGCAGCAUUUGCUAACCGAGAGGCUGGUGUGUUGGGCUGAGCUGGACAGGAUGCAGCGGGUUCCCAUGGGCAGCAGGCUGGUCCUGGUUCUCGCCUUCAUCCUGGUUUGGGGAUCUUCGGUUCAAGGUUACCCUGCUCGGAGAGCCCGGUACCAGUGGGUACGCUGCAACCCUGAUGGCAGCAACGCAAACUGCGUGGAGGAGAAGGGACCACUCUUUGACCUCAUCAUGGACGCAUCCACCAACCUCCUCCGCCCAUCGAUGGCCGAUCCUGCUUUGAUGAGAGGAUUCCCAGAUGAUAUCAUCCCUAUUUCUGAAGACAUUUCUGGGUCAGGCUCUGGCUCGGGUUCGGGCUCUGGCUCCGGGUCCGGGUCGGGCUCCGGCUCUGGUUCCGGCUCCGGAAGUGGCUUCCUAGCUGACCUGGAAUGGGAGUACCAGCCAGCAGAUGAAAGCGAGGCUGUCUAUUACAACUAUAGGCCUUUAGACAGGAUGCCCCACGAGCAAAACCAAGCGCAACCAGAAGAUCUGAUUAUAUGAAAGUGACCGUUUCUGCUCCCCACCUCCGCACAGAACAAUGUAGUCAGUAUACUUUGUGUACCACGUUUAAAUGAUCAGUCUUGGGAUAAAGAGUUUUACAUGAAAUUUAAAAUACCUGGAAAUGACUCUUAAAUCCUGUCAGCCUUUCCUCAUGAAUUCUUAAGGAAUUACGCUUAAAUGCUGUUACUGCUCUGGAAAAUAUCUGCACUUAUAUGUGUAUUGAAUCAACAUUAUGGAAUUAACUUCCAAACAGCCUUUAAAAGCCAUGCUGUUUCUGAAAAAUUCAAUUUGAAUAGCAAAUUGAUGAACAAUAUUUCAUACCAAAAGUGUUCAAGAACUCGACUUGUAUUGUGAAUGACUAAAAUCCUCCUUUUUAUGAUUAAAAAUAAAAUAAAACGAAACAGUGACCUCC